AUGGAGUAUGAAAUUGAUAAUAGCAAUGUGAAUGCUAUUAAAGAAGGAGAAAAUUUAAUCAAUGAAGAAUACAAGAUCUGGAAAAAGAAUUCACCAUUCUUAUAUGAUCUUGUUAUUUCACAUGCGUUGGAAUGGCCUAGCUUAACUUGUCAAUGGUUUCCUGAUGUAGAAAAUCGACCCGAUAAAAACUAUAAAACUCAACGUUUACUACUUGGCACACAUACAAAUGACGAAGAGCCUAAUUAUCUUAUGAUUGCAAAUGUUCAACUACCCAAAGAUAAUCAAGAUAUUGACCUGAGGAAAUAUGAAGAAAGCACAAAUGAGAUUGGAGGCUAUGGUUCCUUUAAUGAUGCACAUAUUCAUAUAACACAAAAGAUUGUUCAUGAUGGGGAAGUGAAUAGAGCAAGAUAUCAAUAUGAAAAUCCUAAUAUUAUUGCUACAAAAUCAAGGACAGGUGAAGUAUAUGUAUUUGAUAGAACAACUCAUGAAUCUUUUCCAAAAGAAAAUGAACCUUUUAAUCCUGCUUUAAGAUUAAGAGGUCAUACAGAAGAAGGUUAUGGCUUAGCUUGGAAUCCGCAUAAAACAAAAUCAAAUCAUUUACUUAGUGCUGGACUUGAUCAAGUGAUUGUUCAUUGGGAUAUUGCUGCUGCUUCAAAAGAAAAGCGGAUACUAGAACCAUUACAAAUCUAUAGAGCACAUACAAAUGCAGUUAUGGAUGUAGCAUGGCAUAUGAGACAUGAUUCUAUUUUUGCUUCUGUAGGUGAUGAUAAGCGCCUCAUAGUUUGGGACACUCGAGAAGAAUCAUAUCAGCCAAUACAUAGUGUUAUUGCCCAUGAAGCAGAAGUGAAUUGUGUUGGGUUUAGUCCAGGAAAUGAAUGGAUUUUAGCUACUGGCUCAUCUGAUAAGACAGCAGCAUUAUGGGAUUUACGUAACUUGAAUAACAAAUUACAUUUAUUAAAAAAACAUGAGGAAGACAUUGUGCAACUUGCUUGGUCACCUCAUCAUGAAGCUAUAUUAGCCACAGCAAGUUAUGAUAGAAGAAUUUGUGUAUGGGAUUUGGCAAGGAUUGGAGAUGAACAAACACCUCAAGAUGCAGAAGAUGGUCCUCCUGAACUACUGUUUAUACACGGUGGACAUACAAGUAAAAUUUCAGAUUUUGCAUGGAAUCCUGCAGAGCCUUGGAUGCUUGCGAGUACAGCAGAAGAUAAUAUACUUCAAACUUGGCAAAUGGCAAGUACAAUAUAUGGUCAAGAGCUACAUGAUGAAUCUGAUAAAAUGGAGCACUAAAAAAAAAAAGAAGUGGUUGCGAUUAUGCGCAUAUUAAAGAUAUUUCAAAAUUUAUAUAGUCAUUUAUAUACUUGAAUAGAAUAAAGUUAAAUAUAUUAGCAGCAUUUUACAAAUAGG